CACAGACUACAAAACUUUAUACGGCAUUGUUAAUGACAACCAUCACUGGUUUGCUGUUAUUAUAUAUCCAAAACAGAGAAAAUCUCUUCUUCUGGACUCACUUGGGGAAGGUAGUCAGAAGUUGAGGAAAUGCCAAGAUAUAUCAAGAGCUUUUCUGAGGAAUCAGGGCAUGAAUGUGUCAAGAUGGGAAUGCACCACACUUCCACAUCCCCUGCAACCUGACUCAAAUUCCUGUGGAGUGUUUGCCAUAAAGUUUGUUGAAAAAGUUCUGAUGGGACAACAGCCUGUUUUUCCUGCUGGACCCAAGGAUGUGGAAAUGCUACGUUGGCAGAUUUCAGUGAUUCUCUUGGAGGCCUCAGAUGACUUGACAUCUAUCUGCUGCAUCUGUGGACAUGAAGAGGUGGAUGACUCCCAAGAUAAUAAGACCAUUAUUUGGAUAUCCUGUGAUGUGUGCGCRAAGUGGUUUCACCAUGCUUGCUUGGGAUGUCCAGACACAUCAUCAACUUUUACUUGUGAAGCCUGUUAGGAGCCUAAACAUGAAACAUUACCGUAGUAGUACACCUUUUCUUUCAUAGCUUUGCAUUUGUACUGUGCAGCACUUAUUUUAUUUAUUUUACAUUUUCAAAUAAACAUGUUUGUAUGAUUUCUUAAUUUCACUUGUAAAACCUAUGUUUA